AUGGUUAACAAUGGGCCAGACUCUACCAUCGACCAAGUUCAGAUCAUCGACAUCGAGAACGCAGCAUACCUCCCCAAAGGCCGGUGCAUCAAGGGAAUGCUGCCCGGCAACGACAACUGGCGCAGCCCAGAGGGACAUUUCAAGGGCGAGCUCAACAAGCCGUCGGACAUGUAUUCAUUCGGGGCCGUGUGCGUCUACACCAUGCUAGGCCGCGUCCUCUUCGGGCUAGACGACGACUUCCGGCACCACGAGUCGCAGGGCGCCCUGCCGACUUUCAUCCGCCUGCAGCGCCAGGUCUCGUACUUUGGGGACAAAGACGGGCUGAACGGGCUCAUGACGCACGUUGGAGACGAGGAAAUCAACUGCCAGAUCUUAGGGAUGCUCUGGGACGAGCGGACGGAGGAGCAUAUUCCGUACAAACCGUUCUCUACGUGGCCGGAUGUUGUUGAUGAAGAUGGCUCGUUCACGGAUCUCGUCCAGCGCAUGUUGAACCUGGAUCCUGCGGGGCGGAUCACGGCGCGUCAGGCUUUGGGGCACCCUUGGUUUGUUGGGGUUUGA